AUGAGAGCCGCUCAGGUUAUCGUACUUGUCACAACCACCUUUGUCGGCGUCAACGCGGUGGCCAAAUGCUGGGGAGGCGAUGAGAGAUGCGGAAUCAAUAAGGCGGUUAAUGGCUGUCUAUACUCUUUCACCUGCGAUUAUGAGCAGCAGACGCCAUGCCUUACGUCGCCUGGUGUAAUCAAUGAGUGCUACUCCACUGGAACGAUUUUGAAGCCGGGCACAAAUACUUACUGGUAUACUCAGUGCUGCAGGGAUAACUGUAAGUUUCGACUACGUAUGUCUAUACACAGGUCGGUUUGCUAAUUGGUAUCGAAAGGCAAUGGUUUAG